UUUCAGGAAAUACUUGUGAUCCAUGGAAGAGUCUUAUCGUGAGUCGAAACCGGAUACACUGAAACCGAAUCAGCCAGUAAGCAUAGACGUUGAGGUGCAAACCGAGGAUGGAAUACAUCGUGAAGGAAAAUCUUAUCGUGGACGUGGACGAGGACAUUGGAGAGGUGGCGGCCGCGGCGGCCGAGGAUUCAAACGGCGAACACGUGGAGAUGGUGGACCGUGGAACAAGCGACGGCGGUUUACAUAUACGGGUACCGUUGAUGAUUUUCCGUUUCUUCAUGGUGGCAACAGCAAGGAUCCGUUAAAUUUAAAAUCCGUAAAGCCAGUCGAUGAAGCAGAAAAUAUGAAACCAGUCGACAUCAUUAUACCGAAGAACAUUCAUGAUCCUCUAAAUUUGCGAAAUGUCAACAAAAAUCGUGCUAGGAGAAAGAGGCGCUACAGCAAACUGACAGAGAAAGAAGAAGUUGAGGGCAGUAGCGAAAGUUCAUCCAAAAGACGCGGAAGCAUUGCUAGUGGCAUAAACGAAAAAAGACAGGAAGAUCCUAUUGUGUCACCUGUACCUCUUUCAGUUGUGCCAUCAUCUGGAGCGGUAGCAGGAGCGAGUAACUCACAGGCAGUUGAAAUAUUCAAAAUAGAAGAUGAGAAAUCUGCAGAUGAGAAAAAGAAAAAGAGAAAGAUAAUCAAAGGUUCGCUCUAUGUAUUAAUAUUUCGGUAUGGUAAUUAUACUCGAUAUUACGGAAAUCGUCUUGAAAAAGGUAGUGGCCACGAUCCGCGGAUGAAAGUGCUGAAGAAAGAAUGGUUUGAAAAGAAAUCAGUUUUAGAUAUUGGUUGCAAUGUUGGCUAUUUGACCCUUUCAAUUGCCAAGGAGUAUCAACCAGGGAACAUCGUUGGUAUUGAUAUUGACGCUCACUUAGUUGGUGUGGCCCGAAAGAAUAUACGUCACUAUUGUGACAACGAUGUACCUAUUGUUGGUGGUUUCCCUGCAUCAUUUGCCCAACGCUAUGGGCCAGUUUCUGCACCGCUCACAACGUUUUCAACCAAAUUUCCUGAUAAUAUAUGGUUUCGGUGCGAAAAUUAUGUGUUAGAAAAGGAUGAACUUCUUGAUGCAGUGAAAGAAGAAUAUGAUGUUAUCAUGGCGUUAAGCAUCACUAAGUGGAUCCAUUUAAAUUGGGGAGAUGCUGGAAUCAAACGUUUCUUCAAACGUGUCUAUCGACAUCUUCGCCCUGGUGGUCUAUUUAUCUUAGAACCACAGAGUUUUGAAACUUAUAAGAAACGAGCAAAACUGACGAAAGAUAUCUAUGAGGUGUAUAAAGCAAUCGAAUUUAUGCCAAAUGCGUUCCAAGAAUAUUUAGUCGUCGAUAUUGGUUUUGAUUUCUGUCAACAUAUCGAUCCCCCAAAAGCACAUGCAAAAGGUUUCGAGCGACCGAUCCAGGUAUACUGCAAGCGGAUCUCUCAUCCUUUCAACAGAGCAAGUUUUUAUGAUCAUGACGGGAUUCCAAAAACCUGUGCUGUAGAUUCACUUUCACCGCGUAAUGUUACUUCUGAAGGUUAG